UUGAUAAGUUUUCGAACCCGAGGAGGAAUUAUUCAUUAUUCAGCAAAGGUUGCCUUACUAGUAACAUCUCCAAUUAACCCGCAUGUCAUUUUCAAUGCGCUUAUUCAUAUAGUAUAAACAAAAUGGAUUAGAAUCUCGUAAGAAUUUAUUUCUAUCAUUUUAUGGAUAUCACAAGAGUUCACCGUCAUGUGGAAGUGCCAUAAAUGUGGAAAACCCGUAUACUUUGCCGAACGCAAGCAAUCACUGGGAUAUGACUGGCAUCCAGAAUGUUUACGAUGUGAGGAAUGUGGGAAACGUUUAAAUCCAGGCCAACAUGCAGAGCAUAAAGGCGUACCAUAUUGUCAUGUACCAUGUUAUGGAGCUCUGUUUGGACCACAGUUAUUUGGUCAUGGAACAAGAGUUGAGUCACAUACAAGUUUUGGAAAAAAAGAAGCUAGACCAUCACUACCCAGAUCACAUUUAGAAUCAAAGUUGAAAGUUUUCAAUCAGUAUUAUGAAGGCAAAAGUGGUGGAAUAAGAAGUCGCGAGGUUAAUGGAAGAUUGAUACUAGAAGGUGCACUUCGCAUUUAUUGGGGUGUCAGAGGAGUGAUUCAUUUAAAAGAAGAUGACGAUCAACGUACAGUAGUUACAGCACGUAAUAGAAAUUCGUGCAGACGAAGUGUUUCUGAUAGCAUAGAAGAUGACGAAAAAGAAGAAGAUUGCGUAAAAGAAUCUUGUGAACAGGAUGCAGAAACUGAAACAAAAUCUGUUCCAACUUCUCCUGAUCAUCUUAAAAGCAUUACUUUACCAAUGAAGCUAGAUGUAAAAAAUAUGGAGUGGGAUGAACUGGAUGAACUUCUUCAGGUUGAACGUAAAGUCGAAGAUGGGAAAAAAUUAUACCAAACAAUGCCUGAAAACUUGCCAUCGAUUAGUUCGCAAACCAGUUCCGACGCACUGCCUCUUUCCUCUCAGUCCAGUCUUGAUAGAUCUGAUUCUCGCGAAAAUUCAGAGGCGGACAGUCCGAAUCAUCAAGGAAAUCGCGGAAACGAUAGCAGUGUAACCAGUACACCAACGCAUAGUAUAGGUAGCUCUUCCAGUACUGAUACACCUGUUUAUCAUGGCACUCCAAAUCGAAACGGUACACUUCGAAGGGUAGAGUACUUCGACAGCUUGGAGAAAAAUAUGUCUGGCAAUAGAUCUAUUAGCACCGAUGAUAGUUGGAUAGAGAAAGGCUUAAACCGUUCGAUGUCCGGACCUGAUUGCCUUCAAAGACAUCGAACCGAUAGCGAUACAGAUUCUGUAAAUUCUUUACAUUUUAGAGAGGAUGAUAACAUGACAAUGUCCACUGACAGUGGAUUAGAGCUGGACGGCGUAGUUUUACGACGAAAACAAGGAUCCACCGCAAUUAGACGUCGCCCAGGCGGUCGACGACAAUCACGUAGUCGAUUGCGACGUCGUUGUUCAAUUAACGGACAUUUUUAUAAUCGUGAAACCAGUUUUUUCACACCACCCCAUGGAUCUCAAAUGUCCGUUUGGAUUACAAGUCUAGUAAAUACUCAGGAAGUUAUCAAUCUCAUGUUGGAUAAAUACAAAGUUGAUGCUAAGCCAGAUAAUUUUGCGUUGUUUGUGGUCCGCGAUAAUGGCGAGCAAAGAAGAUUAAGAGAUGACGAAUAUCCGUUGGAGGUUCGCGUAGUGUUAGGUCCGCAUGAAAAUGUCGCGCGACUUUUCUUAGUGGAUAGAUUGUCGACUCCGGAGAUCAGCUCUGAUGUUGCACAGUUUCUUAAUCUUUCUCUGGCAGAGUGUCACGGUAUAUUGCAGCGUUAUUAUUACGAAGAAGAGCGUCAGAUUCUUCUCCUGAAGGAAAAAUACAAGGAGAUGCGACGAAGAAUACGGCAAAGAAUGGAAGAGUUAAAGGUUCGACUAUAGUUAGUACGUAUUCACAAUGAACAUUUAAAUACCCAUAUUAUUAUUUUUUUAUUAAUUUGCACUCGAAGAUACUUCCUUCUUUUAUAUAUAUAUAUAUAUAUAUAUAUAUAUAUAUAUAUAUAAAUUAUUUGUCAUAAAAUGUGUUAUUGUAAUUGUCUUAAAGGUAUGUAUUACAAUAUAUAGUUUAACAUAUAGUUUAUUCUACAUUGAAACGUAUCAGAGUCAUUCACCGUCGACAUUUUGUUAGCUCACUAUAUUCUUUCAUAAUUUUAAGAAACUAUUUCUACAAUAGUUUUAAUUUUCUGCUUUAAGUAUCUGCUUGAAAUGUGCGAUAAAAAUUAAUUUAUGUAACGAUGCAGAAGUUGAAUCAAUCUUCGAGUCGUUCAAUUUUUAUAUGAAUUUGUUUCUUGAAACUACCGUUAACGAACGUCGUGAAGCAUAAAAGACGACGAUGAUUAUAGUAGAAAAGCGAUUUCUUGCAGAAUGACUCACUAUCGGAAAAGUGAUUUACGUUUGAAUGUGCCGAGCGAUAACAUACUAACAUUUUCUAACUUAAAGUCUUAUUGUUACCUUAUCAAAUUGUACUCAUUACAUUUGCAUCUUUAUUGCAUUUAUUAAGUAGUCGUUAAUGCGCAGUUACUAUCGAGACAUUCAGUGCAAUUUAACUAGAAGUUCAUGUAUCUAAAUGAUAUGUUAUACAUAUAUAUUGUUUAAGUCAAGACUGUGCAUCAAAUAACGUAAUUACGCAAUCAUUCUUUAACGCUAUAUCUUUUAAAUUGCUAUUUGCUAAUUGUUAUAUGUAUAGCAUUUAAUUUGAUUUUUUAACAUUGAAAACAAACAUGAUUUAUUAAGUAUCUGUGUAAUAGACAGACACCGAUAUUAAAUCAAUUUCCAGUGGUUUCUGAUCGAUUCAAGAGAGGAACAUUUUAUAAAGGGGAAAGAGAAAUGAUAUUGUUCGCAAUUUAGAUUAGAAUCUAAUGCAAGGCUGUCCAACUUUUGCCUCGUGAGGUUUCUCUAGAUUUUCUGUUCACGUAGGUGCCAAAGGAAGAAGAAAAAAAAGAGGAAAAUGAAAGAAAUUAUUAUAUAUUAAACGAUAAAUGGAAAUAGAAUUUUAACAAUGGAAUUGUUGAAUUUAAAUAUUAAAGAAAGCAGAACGUUUUAAAAACUAUAUGUAAAUGUAUAUACAUAUAUCGUCCGUAUAUAAAUGAGAAUGACUAUAAACGAUUGUACCUUGAAAUGCAGUUUUAGUUGGACAGCUCCGAAAUCCAUAGAUAAUUGUUAUUAAUCAAUAGUAAUUUUCGACACUGCCGCAAUUGCUAAAUCGUAAAUAAAUAUUUUAUCUGUAAAAUAUAAUACGAAAUCCCCCACGAAGAAAGAGAUUGCAUUAAAGAUAAUUUGGCUUCUAGAGUCUGUUCGAAGGCUAUAUUAACCCAUAUGAGGAAUUUUAGGAAAUUAAAUUUGUUCAUAUAGUUAGUAGUUUCAUAACUAUAUUAUCAUGUCAAUGAUAAUCGAUUUUAGCUAAAACGUAGGAAUUUUAAUGAGACAGACUUUGAAAAAUGUUUUCUUCUUACUUAUAGCAAGAAAAUGUAAUAAUUUAGAUUUUGAUUUAGAAUUAAAGUCAUAGUUACGUUUCUUUCCUGGAAAUUGUCAGAUUUUCCUCAUUUAGAUAAUUUCUCAUUGAAAUCUAAAAUUUUGUAUGAAAACUUAUAUUUGAGUUAGUUUAGUUUUGAAAAGAAACGUUGAUGCAGAAGAAUCUUCCAAAAUCGUUUUUUUAUAAAAAUUUUUGCAAAUUUCGAGCGCAUUACAACAGAAACAUUUUAGUUAGCAUUUUGAGCAUUCCAAUUUCAACGCAAGAAAGUAUCAUACUGAUCGUAUUUUUUGAAGAAUUUUUAGAUCCCUUUUCAAGGAAUGCUUUGAAAUAAGGGUCGUGCAAAACGCAGUAGUUGUUAAACGAAAAGUGGAAACAAUGAUUAGCCUCUGAUCGUAAAAAUAACAAAGAAAAUUCUGAUAAAAAUUAGACCGUUAUACAAACAAAGAAUACCUACUGAAAUAAUUUUUCAGUAAGUUCAAAAAUGAUAAGGACAGAACAGCCUCCGUUGCAGAGAAAUAAUAAAAAAGUUUCGUUUAGCAACUAUUUCGCGUGACGUUUAUUCUGAAACAUCCUGUAUACUACAUACCUACAUACUAUGUAUUUCUACUAGCAAUUGUUAUGUAUUUGAAAGAUUUCUAACUUCUGUGUGUAGACGUGGUUCAGAAAAAUGGAGGUAUUUGCGCACAGUUACGAUUGUACAAUCACAUGCUUAAUAUUGCACAGUGUAAUUGGUUUCCAAUGAAAAAAAGAAAAAAAGAAAAAAAAAAGAAACGUGUACAGUGAAGAAUAUACAACGGAUUUAGUAAAUGUUCACCGUUGUUUAUGACAAUAGAUACCGAUCAUAUAAUCAUAAUUUUAAGCUAGUCACAUUUCAUAAAUAGUCACAUACACACAAACGCACACAGUGUAUGUGUGAAUGCGUUCGCUAUUCGAGUGUUUAGACAGAUUAUCGUGAACACAGUUUUUGAAAUUAUUCAAUUUGUUAAC